AUGAAGAUGUCACUUGACUGCCAGCUUCAAGUCCUCGCUCUUCCGUCUCCACGUCAGCCAGCGAACGCCAGACAGUGGCUGCCGAUACAAAAACGUGCACAACAACAGAAGAAAUUACCUCCUCAGCAUGCCUACCCCCCUACCCCCCGCCCUGACCUUCCACUAAUCACACCCAGCACUAAAUUUCAGACGAGCGAAGUAAUCUCGGGCUGUCAUUCGUCACGAAGUCAUUUCUGGUGGACGUCAGCUCUCCACGCCUCAAACUUGACAGCCUGCUACUCAAGUCGCAAUCCGGAGCAGAGAGGUGAGAGUAUGAAGAAGAGAGACCAGGUCUUGAGGGAGAGGUGCACGGGGGCAUGCACCCACCUCCCCGUCCGUCCGGUAGAUGCUCUUUUCGCGUCUCUCCUUAUUAUCGCCGCUACUUUUGAUGCUCUUAUUGCUGUUUUUAUUGCUAUUGUAGCAACUGCGGCUGUUGCAGCUGCUGUUGUUGCCGCAACUGUUGCAGCAACUGUUGCAGCAACUGUUGCAGCUGCAAAUAUUUUUGCUACUAAUGCAAAACUGGAAAAUGUUGUUGAGUUGAUUGCUGUUGUUGAUGUUGUUGUGGCUGUUGUUGUGGCGAUCGUUGCUGUUGAUAGUUGCUGUGGAUGCUGCAACUGUUCUACGUUGAAUUGCUUGCUGAAUGAUAUGUUGGUGGCAGGUGCUUCCUGCUCUGCUGCUGCUGCUGAUGAAGAUGAUGAUGAUGGUGAGUACGUCGUUGUUGUUGUUGCUGGUGUUGCCGCUGUCGAUAAUAUUAUUAACGCUGAUGAUGAUGACAAAAAUGACGAUGAUACAGCUGAGAGUGGAACAAAUGAAAAAGUUUCCUUUUCAAAAUUCAGCAAUCUUGAUAGGAAAGAGCUGGAAAAAGAAGCUGAUGAUGAUAGUGAUGACGUCAGUGACGAUGAUGCUUGUGGUGAUGGUGACGAUGAUGCUUGGACCAACAACGGCAUUGAGUUUGUUGGCAGCAUCAUCAUCUUUUUGAGUGUUGGUGAUGAUGUUGGUGAUGAUGUUGGUGAUGAUGUUGGUGAUGAUGUUGAUGAUGACGAUGUUGAUGACGAUGUUGAUGAUGAUGUUGACACAAAGACCCCACAGUUAGACGAUGAAGAUGAUGACGAUGAAGAUGAUGACAAUGAUGAUGAUGAUGAAAUUUGCGAUGGUGAAAUUUUAUUUGAAAUUGCUUUGGCAGCGGAGCGUGACGACGAUGAUGAUGAUGAUGAUAAUGACCACGACAAGUUUGGCGGCCAAAACAUUGAAAAUAAUACGAACAUUAAUGAUAAUAAUAUGAACGAUGAUACUGACAAUAACAACAAUAACAACAAUAACAACAACAACAACAAUAAUAAUAAUGUUGGCAAUGACGAGAAAUCUUCUGCUGACAUGAACACCAGCGUCUUGACUGAUGGACUUGAAAAUAAUGUUGCUCUUGAUGCUGCUGCUGAUGAUGAUGACGGGAAUGAUGAUGAGGUUAAUGUUGGCGAGGAUAAUGAUGAAAUGAGUAUCGAUGGAUGA